AUGGAGAUGCCUGGAUAUGGAUACAGUAUGAUGAACCAGCAUCAGCAACAGCAACAACAGCAACAACUCAACUAUCACAACAACGACAACAACACCAACAACAUCAGCUCCAGCCAAUUCAUUCGGCAACAAUAUGUUGCACCUCAACCAGCACCAUGUGCGCGGAAGCGCAAAGCCGAUUCACAGCCUGAACACGAGCGCCUCUCCAAGCGUAUGAGCCUGUUGAAUCUGGAACACGGCGGCCAUAGGUUAUACGUCUCCGUCGGGAACCCACAAGCGCAAAACUCCUUCUCAUCUUCAUUUCCAUCUACUACUACACCUUCCACCACAUCGCCGCCAUCAUCUUUAUCGUCCCAGACCAACCAAUACCCUACCGCCGCCGCCGUAGGUCAAGAUGACACCGAAUUCAUGCAAGUCGACAACACCAAGCAUAAAGUGUACAUCUACAACAUCGAAGAUGAGCUCUCCUCUGAGAGCGAGGCCGAACAAGACGGCGGCAAGCUGAUUUUUCUUCCGGAUAUCGAGAGUCACCUGCGACAGAACCGCAUCCCGGCCCAGGUGCUCAGUGCCCAGCCACUGUCUGUGGACUCGGAUAUCCUGAACAAACAACUGGUGCUAUACAGCGUGCCAGCGUCCCUUACGGUCCCCGAGGAGCAGGAUAGCGUUCGCAAAGCCAUCUUGGAGGCGCGCGCCCGCAUUCGUGAGAAGCAUCUGAUGGAGAGUCAACAGCUUCAGCAGCAGGAAAGGCAGCAGCAGGUCAACAACACACUGACGGAUACGGUGCAGAUUAUUCAUCCCGGGUCACUGCCGCAGUUUGAUACUGGUGGUGCUGCUGCUGGUGAUGAGAUUGAUGAUGAUGCUAUGGAACUUGACUAGACUAGACUGUACAGAAGUCUGGUCUUUCCACGUGCGAUCAGAUCAAAGCAGGGCAGCGCAAGAGCAGUUUAUUCAGGUUUGUCUGGCGUUUGAAAAUGGAUCUGGUACACACAAAGGGAUGGGCAUGGUAAAAAGGUCCCCAUGAAACGGAUAUACGGGGAACAAAACAACAGCGAGGCGUUAUGGCGUUUGCCUUUUAUUUUCAGAAGGCACGAGGUUCAGACACGCAUGAUGACACCUCGAAAUUGGGAGACAUUGCCUGGAUUUGUAAGUUGACUUGGAGCUUCAUCAAUACCAUCUAUCAG